AUGGUUUUAUCAAAGAACUCCGGCGAGUUUUUGGUUAGAACGGUUAAAGAGGAUGGUACGAAAACGUGGGAGCCAGCUGCCAAGGCCGCCAUCAAGAAAAACUUGAAGAAAUACGAAGCGGAACUCAAGAAGGCAGAAAAGGCUGCUGGACGAGCGAAGGAACAGGAAGCUGCUUCUCACGCAGCUUUGGAGGAGGCUAAAAAGAUCACUUUCUCGAUGGAUGAGUCGCUACCUGCAGCUACACUUGUGAAGAUCUCCGAAUGUGUAAAACACCGUGACCAACGCGUACAUUUGAAAGCAUGGGUGCAUCGAUUACGAAGGCAAGGAAAGGCGCUUAUGUUCUGGGUGCUUCGGGACGGCUCUGGUUACCUUCAAUGUGUUCUUAGUGACCUUCUGUGUCAAAGUUACGAUGCGGUUACAUUAAGUACAGAGAGUUCGGUUGAGGUUUAUGGUACUAUCAAAAAGGUACCUGAAGGAAAGCAAGCACCAGAUGGUCAUGAAUUGAUAGUGGAUUAUUGGCAACUGAUAGGAUCUGCCCCAGCCGGUGGCAUUGACAACGUCCUCAAUGAGGAAGCUGGAGUAGAAGUAAUGCUCGAUAACAGGCAUCUCGUAAUUCGUGGUGAGAAUGCGUCUCGCAUUUUGCGCAUAAGAGCCGCAGCGACACGGGCAAUGCGAGAACACUUCUAUCAUGCCGGCUAUACUGAAGUUUGUCCGCCAACACUUGUGCAAACUCAGGUGGAAGGUGGAGCAACUUUGUUCGCUCUUGAUUUCUUCGGUGAGCAGUCGUACCUCACGCAGUCAUCCCAAUUGUACCUCGAGACCUGCAACGCCUCACUUGGAGAUGUGUACUGCAUCGCACAGUCAUAUCGUGCUGAAAAAUCACGAACACGUCGACAUCUGGCCGAAUAUGCUCAUGUCGAGGCGGAGUGUGCAUUUAUCACUUUUGAUGAGUUGAUGGAUCGCAUAGAGGACAUUGUUUGUGACACGGUUGAUCGGCUUCUUUCGGAUCCGUCUGUCAAAACUCUUAUCGAUCAUGUCAACCCGGUUCGUGCAACUCAUGUCUUAGUACUUGACUUUCAUGGCUUCUCGGUGAAUUACGGCAUAUCGCUAUGUGGUGAAGUAAGAGUUAUUAAGUAG